AUGGCGGGGACAACACAUCGAUAUCACGCCUGCGGCCUCCUACAGAGCUCGCCGUCAAACAAAUGGCGGACGCAAUGGCCGCAAUGGCCGCAAUGGCCGCAAAGCCCUCAGGUCUCCCAGUUGAAGCUCCAGAGUCGAGGAAUCGUCACGGGGAGAGCAGACCGAGCCAUACCGGGGCCCGCCAUUGUCUCGAGAGUCGUCUCCGAGCCGUCGGAGUUCUCCGCCAUCUGUUCUGCCGCAGAGUCGGGUUCCAUGGAGGAAGCUCUCCGUCUGUUUGAAAGCGUCAGGAACCCUGGCUCCUUCUUGUGGAACGCCAUGAUCCGAGGAUACGCCGGGUGUGGGCGGUACGAAGACGCGAUCGGAUUCUACUGGAAGAUGCAGGUCCUGGGGGUCCGCGCGGACAGAUUCACGUACACGUUUGUGAUCAAAUCGUGCUCCGCCUCGCUGCUGACCGAGGAGGGAUUGAAGUGCCACGGAGCGUUGGUCAAGGUUGGAUUGCAUUCGGAUGUCUUCAUCUCCAAUUCUCUCAUAGUGAUGUACUCGGAAUUCGGGGAGAUAGAUUCUGCCGAAAGGGUGUUCAAUGAAAUGCCCCUUAGGGAUCUGGUUUCCUGGAACUCCAUGGUUAGAACCUACGUUUCCAGUGGCAAAAGAGGGAAAGCCCUAUCGUGCUUGCGGAGCAUGCGCAAUACUUCUUCUCUGGAACCCGACCGUAUUGGGAUUAUUACUGCGCUUAAAGCCUGUUCAACGGAGACCUACCCGAAACAAGGUAAGGAAAUCCACUGCUAUGCACUUCGACAUGGUUAUGGAUCAGACAGCAGGGUCUGCACUUCAUUGAUCGAUAUGUACUGUAAGUCUGGGAACAUGAUCUCUGCAGAGAGGUUGUUUCAGUGUAGGUUUUCAAGAAGUGUGGUAACCUGGAACGCUCUGAUCUAUGGCUAUACAUCCAAUAAUCACCCUAGCGAGUCACUUGGAUGCAUCAUCCGUAUGCAGUAUGACGAUGUCAAACCGGAUGCAGUCACAAUGGUGAGUCUGCUACCUUCUUGCUCUCAGUUGAGUAAUUUAUCGCAGGGUAAAAGUAUUCAUGGAGCUGCUCUUAGAAGAGGCUUUCUACCUCAUUUAGUUCUCGAGACCUCCUUGGUGGACAUGUAUGCAAAGUGUGGAGAUCUGACGUCUGCAGAGAGGGUGUUCAGCCAGAUGACUGAGAGGAACUUGGUUUCAUGGAACACCAUGAUCAAUGCCCAUAUACACAAUGAUCAGAACCUGGAAGCCGUGGAACUUUUCCUGGAUCUUCAAGAAAAGUCACUACAACCAGAUAUCUACACAAUCUCAAGCAUCGUCUCUGCAUUCUCUUCGCUCGGAUUGCUACAGCAAGCGAUGCAAAUCCAUGCCUAUGCUGUAAAAUCUGGGUACAGUUCGAACACUUUCAUCUUGAAUUCCAUCAUCUAUUUGUAUGCCAAAUGCGGUGAUCUUCGAACCUCGAGAAGGAUCUUCGAAGGCAUGCUGUGCAGAGAUACUGUUUCAUGGAAUGCGAUGAUCAUGGCGUGUGCAAUCCACGGGGAGGGGAGUUCUGCAACAGAACUAUUUUCCAGAAUGCAGAGAGAUGGGCCGCAGCCUAAUGGAAGUACCUUUGUUUCCAUAUUAUCAGCUUGUAGCAUCUCUGGGUUGGCUGACGAAGGCUGGAUGUACUUCAAUCUGAUGCAACAAAAGUACGGUCUUUCUCCUCAGAUCGAGCAUUAUGGAUGCAUGGUUGACCUCAUCGGAAGAACUGGAGAUCUGGAUUUCGCCCUGAGCUUCGUAGAGAGGAUUCCGUUGGUCCCCACGGCCAGGAUAUGGGGAUCUUUGCUGGCAGCAUCCAGAAAGAGCAAGAGAAUCGAUGUUGCAGAAGCCGCUGCUGAGAAGAUCUUCCCCUUGAAACACGACAAUACAGGCUGCUACAUAAUCCUUCACAAUCUGUACACUGAUCUCGGUAGAUGGGAUGAUGCAGAGAAGGUGAGAUCUUCGAUGCAGAAUCAUGGGCUACUGAGGACAACAGCCAGGAGCGUGGUCGAGCUCGAUAACAAAGCUUACUGCUUCAUUAAUGGCGACAAAUCUCAUGCUGAGGCAAGCUUGACCCAUGAAGUGUCGGAUCUCCUCUCCAAGAAGAUUGGAGAAGCUGGGGAGGUCCCUUCCGCUGCGUUCAACGUGCAGGAAGCACUGGCGCAGAAGAAGAACUCGCCCUGUCAGCACAGCGUGAGACUGGCAGUCUGCUUCGGCCUCAUAUCCUCGUCACCUGGAACCCCCGUACUGGUGAAGAAGAACGUGAGGAUAUGUGACGACUGCCACCUGGCUAUAAAGCAGAUCUCCGAAGUCUGCCGGCGGCACAUAACCGUGGGGGAUUCGAGGAUCUAUCAUCACUUCAAGGAGGGAUCCUGUUCUUGCGGCGAUUACUGGUAA